UAGUUACCGAUCAUUUGGAGGAACUGCUGUAUACGCGACUAUCGUUGGUCUGUGUAGUUGGGAUGAUUGUUUCAGAUUCGGAGGCUACCUCGCGUGAGCCUCUCCAACAGCCCCGCAGUUUGUGUUUUGGAGCUCUUUCGCGCGUAUUACUUUUGAACGCCGGUCGCUAAACGCGCGUAGGCCUACCUGGACUUUAUCAAGUCCUCUGCUUUUCUUCCCGUUUAUUCCGAGCCCAUCCAUAGGAACUCAUUCCGGUGCGCUAACCAUCAGAGUGAAGGCAUACUUAUGCCCUGGCAAUAGCACUAAGAACAGCAACAACAACAACGACGACAACAGUCAUUAUCAACGUGCCUCUUCUGGAGCUGGCUCGCACUGACCAACAGCAGGCCAAAGAAAAAAGAACCAUCUUCAUCAUUAUGCUGCGAAAGAACAAGACAUUGCAGAAUCGAUAUGUGUAACUAUAUAAAACUAAAAUGUUGAGAAGAGCCUUAAUUCAUUACGGUUUUGUGUAUCGUGGCGGUAACACGUACGCGUGGCAUUGAAAUUAAGCAAAUCGAGACAAGUACCUGCGCCUCUGGCUCGACUGGCCCGGGCUCGACAGUCAGUGAGGAAAGAUCGAUGGACACCGUUCGGGCUAUUAGAGUGGAUCUUCGCGCGGUGAUAAAAAAAAACAAGAAGCUUUCAAGUGACUAGAAGGAGAACAGUUGAAAAGUGAACCGAUUACGAGCAAGCUCACGCUGCGCAAUUCUGAAGAGAUUUACUGGAACCGGAAUCUUGAGACGAGCGAGCAAAAUGUGGCAUUUGAAACCGUCAAUGAUGCUGCUGUUAAUUCUUUUUCUCAUCAACGGUAUUGACGCACAAUUCAAAAUCCUUGGAGUAACAUCAGGCCGAUCAAACAGCGGCGACACUAAAAUUGAAUUGGUGCAAAUCAAACCAUUAAAGUUAGGCACAAUGGCAUCUAUCGAAUCCAGAUCAUUCCAAGAGGCUCCAACAUCAACUAUUAGUCCAACCAGCUCAACUACCGCAACACCUGAACGAUCAACUACCAUUGAAACUCAAACCAGUAAAAUAAUAAAACUGCAAAUUAUGAACUCGACAGCAGCUCGAAAUGUUUCCACUCGGGAAGGUAAGCUCCAGUACGAGAACCACCGCACGGACAACGAUAUAAUCAACAUAAGUCCGCUGCGACCAUCCUCACUGUCAAGUGGCCCCUCGUCGUCACAUCGCCGGCGAGCAACGGGAUCGAUCAGACUCACCGGAGAUUCCGAUCUUUUCUACAUUCAGAAGCCGUCGUCCCCUGCGCCGUUCAAAAAACACCACCAACCAAAGGAGAACGACGUCCAAUCUAGCGAAUUUGCUAUCCAGCGGUACAAGCGCCGAAAGUAUAAAUCCAAGUGCCGCUGCGAACGGAUUUGGAACUGCCCUCGAAUUCAGAUCUCAAUCGCUAGGUGCGCGCCCGACUUUUUCAUGUGCUGCUUCUAACGGUGGCUAUCAGUAGUGGAUAGAAAGUAAGAAUUUUAAGAGUGAUAAAUUAGGGUUAGAAUCGUAUUUAUAAUUAUUUAUACAAUAAAGACUUGCUGAAUAACAAGUAGA